AUGGAUGCAAAUUCAAACAAUAGUCCUUCACAAUAUGUAGGCCUACCUCCUGUUUGGACUAGUGAGCGUAUGUCUCCUAAUCUAAAUGCAACUGGUUUAGGUAUUAGUACUACUACUAAUAAUAAUAACAGCAACAAUAAUACUUAUCCUAAUUCUAUGAUUAAUAAUAACCCUACAAGUAAUAUCACUAAUCCAAGCAAUGAAAGCUCAAAUAUCAAUGACAAUAAUAAUAUUCCGACUACUAAUACUGGAUCACCUUUUAUUAAUCUACCAUUACAGAGUUCUACCUUAGAGGCAACUCGAAACGAGGGAACUCUAAACCAGCCAAUCUUUUAUAACUCUUCAAACUUAGAGUCACUGCACAGUAGUGAAAUUUUAGAAAGAAGAGAACAGAGUGAACUUACCCAUGCGAGAGUUUUCGUAUCAAAUAUUGUUGAAACAAGACUAAAUGCCGAUUUAAGUACAUUAGAAUUAAACUCAACUGAUUUGGUUCAGCUUGAUCUAUUCGAAAGCACAUUACAAACCAAAGUACAAGAAUAUCUAACAGCUGUAGAAAAGAGAAGAUUCACAAUAUCUGAUGAAAUUGAAGUUAAUAUUAAAAUGCUUAAGAAACUUCGAUAUUCAGAUUCUCAACAAGGAAUUAAUUUGUUAAACAGAUUGCAUAAAAUGAAAAUAAAGGCCAUAGAAACUGAAUCAAGAGAGUUACAAGAAUUAAGAUUAAAAUUUCUAAGGAUAAUUGAAGAAUAUAAAAAAGCAAUGAUAUCUUAUUCAACGUCAAAAAUUACAAACACUCCUCUGAGUAACCCAACUCCAGAGUUCCAAAAGUAUCUGGAAAAUUUGAAUACCGAACAAACGUUAGGACCCUCUGAAGGUUAUGUGGAAAUGCUAUCUAUCUCAAGGAAGUUCCUAAAUAAUUUACUUUUGGAGUCCAAAGGUCAUAACCCAAAUGUUAUGUUUAAUAAUGUGACCAAUACGAUCAAUAUUAGCAGCACUGUAUUUCCAUUAAGUAAGUUACCAAUCGAAAUUUUACAAAUGGUAUUAGAUAGAUUGAAUAAUAAAAUUGAUAUCUUUAAUAUGCUAUCCGUUUCCAAAUUAUGGGCCCAAUUAAUAGUAAAAAUUAUUUAUUACAGACCACAUAUUAAUAAAAAGAGCCAAUUAGAUUCGUUUAUGGAAACAAUGAAAUUAUCCAAAGAACAAACAGUAUUUGAUUACAGAUCGAUGAUCAAGAGAUUAAAUUUCUCUUUUGUCGGUGAUUAUUUAAGAGAUGAUCAGCUCUACAAUUUUGUGGGCUGUAAAAAUUUAGAGAGAUUGACUUUAGUUUUCUGUAAACAUGUUACUAGUGAGUCUGUCUCAGCCGUUCUAAAAGAUUGCAAAUAUCUUCAAAGUGUUGAUAUUACGGGAGUAAAAGAAAUUUCAGAUAAUAUUUUUAAUACGUUGGCUAAUAAUUGUCCGCGUAUUCAAGGCUUUUACGUUCCGCAAGCAAGAAUUGUUUCGCAAAGGGCUUUAAGCAAUUUUAUUUCUCAUGCACCAAUCCUAAAAAGGGUAAAAAUCACUGCUUGUAAUGAUAUGUGUGAUGACCUGGUAGAGCUAAUGGCAAAAUCAUGCCCUAUGCUAGUUGAAAUUGAUAUUACCUCCAGCCCAGAAGUUCAUGAUGAAAGUUUAUUAAAGUUGUUUACAAAAUUAGAGCAAUUAAGAGAGUUUAGAGUAACUCACAAUACUAACGUUUCAGACAAGCUAUUCAUUGACAUAGCUAAAAAUGUCGAUCAGUUACCAGCAUUAAGACUUUUGGAUUUAUCCGGCUGUGAAAAUAUAACAGAUAGAACUGUUGAAAGAGUUGUAGCAUUAUCUCCUAAAUUGAGAAAUGUAUUUUUAGGAAAGUGUAAUAGAAUCACAGAUUUGUCCUUGUCCCAUUUAUCCAGAUUGGGUAAGAAUUUGCAGACAGUUCAUUUUGGACAUUGCUUUAAUAUUACAGAUCAAGGUGUUCGUAUAUUAAUCCAAUCGUGCCCAAGAAUCCAAUAUGUUGAUUUUGCUUGUUGCACAAAUUUAACUAAUCGUACUCUUUAUGAGUUGGCAGAUUUAACAAGGCUUAAGAGAAUAGGUUUGGUGAAAUGCUCCCAAAUGACCGAUGAAGGUUUAUUGAACAUGAUAUCAUUACGUGGUAGACAUGAUACAUUAGAAAGAGUGCAUCUAUCGUAUUGUUCAAACUUAACUAUUUAUCCGAUUUAUGAGCUAUUAAUGGCAUGCCCUAAAUUAUCACAUUUAUCAUUAACAGCAGUCCCUUCCUUUUUACGUCCUGACAUUACAGCAUUUUGUAGACCUGCUCCUGCAGACUUCAGUGACAACCAGAGACAAAUAUUUUGUGUAUUUUCUGGUAAAGGAGUUCAGAAGUUACGCCAUUACUUAAUGACAUUGACGACACCAACCAAUGGCCCUCAAACUGACAUUAAGGAUGUUUUAACGAAGUACAUUAUUUCAAAAGAUCUCGUAUUAGAAGGGGAGUCAAUUGAAGAUUGUGUUUAUAGAAUAACAAGAGAUUUAAAUCGUAACUCAGGAGCUAUUUUAGCAGCAACGGGUUUGGCACAAAUGAACGGUAACAAUAAUUUUUCCUUCCAAGAUAUUGAUUUCACAAGACUAGAUACUGUCUUCUCCUGGUAUGAUGAUCGCUUCAAUGGCGACAAACUUACUACAGCUGAAGUGGAUAAACUCAUAACAAGUGUUGAUAAAAAAUUUUGUGAAGAUCCAUUCGAUGAAGAAUAUGAUGAUACUGAUGGGACCAUUGCCCCUGGUGCCAAUUCCAAUCUAAAUCAUGAUCUUUGCCAAGUAGUUAGAAAAUAUCAUGAGCUGGAUGACCGCGUCGAUGAUUUUGAGGUAAAUGUCGCCAGUUUAGCAAGGGUCCAAUUUCAAUUUACAGGCUUUUUAUUGCAUGAAAUGGCACAGAUACACCAUCAAAUGUUAGAACUUAACCGUCAUAUUGUCACAAUCCAGAAUAAUACUACCAAUUUAGGGGUAGAAGAUGAUAUAAAGGGUGUUGGUAUAUGGAGAAUGCUAUUCACGGAUAAAUUUUUGGAACUUUUAAACAAGUAUAAAUUUUCAACAGUAGUAUUAAGGUUAUAUUUACGAGAAAGCAUUACUGUACUAACUAGACAAAGAGAAAUUUAUUUAAAUCAACAACGAACCGAAUGGGGCGAUAAUAUUAAUGCUGCUAAUGGACCUAAUAUCGAUAAUAAUACCAAUGCAGAGAGUAGUACAGGUGAGCAGUCAACAAGUUCUCUCAAUGGUAACUUUAAUGAAAAUCCUCAAGAAAAUGAUGUAGAAGUUAAUGGACAAUUUAAUGGCAUAUUCCCUAUUUUACCGGGCGUAACAAGAAAUACACCAUUGCAAAUUCAAAAUACCCCUCUUACAGGACCUGGGAUACGGACAGAUACUGAAGGAGAUAUGCCUACAAAUUCGAGUGAGCCGAACACAGCUACUAAUUCUGCCGGAACGGAUAAUAAUAGAGGCGACGGGAAUGCAAUUGAUGAAGAUGGUGACAUGAUAAAUAUUGAGGAUUAA